GUAGUCCACUGUAACACAGCUUUACGGUAUCCAAAGAACUACAAACGCGCAGUCGCAGUUUGCUGACCUUCCACUCCUCCAGCAAGCAUGGCAGUCCGGACCCUGACGAAAGGACUUUUGGGGCUACGGCAGCUACGGACUGCUACAAUUGGAUACUCCUGUGGUGGACACCAGUAUGCUACUGCAGCGACUGUUAAAACACCUCAACCCCAAACUGAUGAUGUUACAGAAAAAAUAUUGAACCUGCCUCUUGAGAAGCCGGACUACUUCUGUGUGUCAGAGCUCUUCUCGUUGAAAGAUUUAUUCGACGCCAGGGUGCAUCUUGGCCAUAAAAAAGGUUGCAGGCACAGGCUUAUGGAGCCAUACCUCUAUGGUUGCCGUUUGGACCAAGAUAUAAUUGAUCUCGACCAGACUGUGGAGCACCUUCAACAAGCUCUGAACUUCACUGCCCAUGUAGCAUACCGUGGCGGCAUCAUAUUGUUUGUCAAUCGCAGGCGUCAAUUCGUCCACCUGGUGGAGAGCACUGCUAGGGAUUGUGGGGAGUACGCUCAUACACGGUACUGGCAGGGUGGCCUCCUUACCAAUGCCCACAUCCAGUACAGCCCAGGAGUCCGUUUACCAGACCUCAUCAUCUUCCUGUCCACCCUCAACAAUGUGUUUCAGCAGCACGUGGGAAUUAGAGAUGCAGCAAAGAUGAACAUUCCCACAGUGGGGGUUGUGGACUCAAACUGCAACCCCUGCCUGGUAACGUACCCUGUGCCUGGGAAUGAUGACACUCCAGCCGCCAUGGAGCUGUACUGUCGCUUAUUCAAGAUGACUAUCACCCGUGCCAAGGACAAAAGGAGACAGAUGGAGAUAGUACACAGCCUGUCCCCACCCUCCACACCAAGCUCAUGACUAAUAAAUCCUUAAAUAAAAGACUUAACAAAAUGCAGUUUAUAAAGUAAACACGUUCUGCUGCUCCCUUUCAUCGUGCAUCUACAUUUGGAAAAGAUCUGGUGUUGGUGUUUUGGGUUGAGUUAAAUUUGCUGCAGUGCUGUCUUGUAUUAAGACUGAAGUUUUGUGUACAUUACUUAUGAUUGAGUCUUGUUUCUGUGACAUGGUCUUCUCAUUCUAAUUUAACAUUUUUUCUCAUACUAGACCCUUAAAGAUGAUUCAUGUUGCAGCAGGUUUGUACAGAUUUAACUGUCGCGCACCACUGACAUAAUGACCAACAAUGAAUAUGUUUACAUGGACUGUUAACAUCAAAAAUCAGACAGCAGUUUGUGUUAUUGUUGCAUUUAUAUUCACAUGCUGUAGAACAUAACAUAAGUAACUAAAACUCAUCACGUUA